AUGGGCUGUCUGGCUGUCUGGCUGUCUGGCUGUCUGGCUGUCUGGCUGUCUGGCUGUCUGGCUGUCUGGCUGUCUGGCUGUCUGGCUGUCUGGGCGGGUUGUCUCUUGGAUGGUCGACAAUGGACUUCAGCUUGUCAAGCAAUGGUGAUUGGUGAACAAAACAUUCUUAGCCAAGCUUCCUUCCCUAUAAAGAGUACAACAACCCCCAGGCCGAAAUUAAGACCUAGACCGCCCAGGACAACAACGUCCACCCUCUUUCGUCGACUGUGCCAGUGCCACUGUAGCUACCCCCUUGGUCCCCCCAACAGAGAAGACGACGACGACGACGACGACGACGACGACGACGACGACGACGGACGAAACCGCGACAUCAUGGCCAGAAUCAAUCUGCCCCCGCUGACUCGCGCCCUGCUCGCCGCCGUCGUGGGCUUCACCCUCCUCAACUUCGCUAUACGGCCGCACUCGGUAGUCAAGACGGUGCAGCCUCUGUUGGUCAGCGAAGGCGUGCCUUUCCUGACCAUCCGUCCUGGCCAGUCCAUCAUCUACCCCUGGGUCUUUGCCCUGGCCACCGUCGUCGAACAGAACCUACUGGGCCUAGCUACCUCGGGCCUCACCAUCUUCUAUGGUGGCCGCUACCUCGAGCGCGCAUGGGGCUCUCAGGAAUUCACAAAGUUCAUUCUCUUCGUGGCCAUGGUCCCCAACAUCUUGACCUUCCUCCUCUACAUCGCCGGCUAUCUGCUGACAAGGAAGGACUCCAUGCUCUUCACCACCAUCUCGGGCGCAAUCGCUAUCCAAGCAGGCUUCCUCGUCGCCUUCAAGCAGCUUGUCCCCGAACACACAGUCGCCAUCGCAAAGGGCCUUGUUCGCAUGCGCGUCAAGCACUUUCCCGCCAUCUUCCUCGCUGCCAACACAGUCUCGGGCAUCGUCAUUGGCACCGAGACGGCCAUGUUCCUGGCCUACUUUGGCUUCCUUACCGCUUGGAUCUACCUUCGCUUCUACCGCUUGAGCCCUUCGCUGUCCUCGAGCGCCACUGGCGACGGCUCCGUCAUCCGCGGCGAUGCCUCGGACACCUUCUCUUUCGCCCACUUCUUUCCCGAGCCACUCCAGACUCCCAUUGGAACACUGGCAGACGGCGUGUACAACACUCUUAUCUCGCUCAAAGUAUGCACCCCAUUCUCAGACGAGGACAUUGAUGCUGGCAACGAACAAGCCAAUGCUCGCGCCGAGGGCGGUCUGCCCAGCAUAAUGAACCCCAAUAGCAGAGGAGGAAGAGGAGGGGGCACUCGCGCCGAGGCAGAGAGGAGAAGAGCGCUGGCGUUGAAAGCACUUGACCAGAGACUACACGCCGCAGCGGCUCGAGGUCCCAGUACCGCUGCUCCCGCUACCCCCACAGCCUCUGGCCCAACGAACAUGCUCGGAGAAACAAGUUAUGAGCCUGAAAGCCAAGAUGCACCAGUCAAAUCUGCGUCAUGA